GAAGUUGCCUCCGAGUGUCAGUAGCGGUAUUUGGGAAACAAAGACGUUGAUCGUGUGGUGUUGCCGCGAGUCGUUGAUGCUAUUGUAAUCUUCCCUCAUGUCGUGCGACUGUUGGGGAGCCAAGUGAGGCCGGAUAAAGCAGCUUCAAAGAUGGGGUCGCUAUUCCGCUCCGAGGAGAUGACCCUAGCCCAGCUAUAUCUGCAAGCGGAUUCUGCGUACUAUUGCGUUAGCGAGCUGGGCGAAUUGGGCCUUGUGCAGUUCCGAGAUCUCAAUCCAGAAGUGAGUGCUUUCCAUCGCAAGUAUGUCAGCGAAGUACGACGCUGCGAUGAGAUGGAGCGCAAACUUCGUUUCUUGGAGAAUGAAGCUUCUGGUGCGGGCAUCCCGGUCCUGGACAAGGGAAACAACCCGGAAGCACCACCGCCUAGUGACAUGAUGGAGCUUGAAAGCAAGUUUGGGAAGCUUGAGGCAGAAAUCUGUGAGAUCAAUACCAAUCAUGAGCGGCUAAAGCGUAACUUCCUUGAGCUCACUGAAUUGAAGCACAUGCUCAGGCAAACUACAUAUUUCUUUGAUGAGGCCGCAUCACUUCUCCGGUAUGGAAGAGAGCAGCCACAGAGAGAUGAACAAAAAAAGCUCCUGGAUGACUAUCGGCCUGGAAGCAGUCCACUAUCGUUUGUUGCUGGCGUGGUUAGCCGGACCCGUAUUGUUGCGUUUGAGCGAGUACUGUGGCGCGCAUGUCGGGGAAACGUCUUUCUACGCCAUGAAGAGAUUGACUGUGAGCUGAAAGAUCCCGUGACGGGGGCUGCGAUGUACAAGAACGUGUUCAUUCUCUUCUUCCAGGGCGAGCAGCUGAGGUCGCGAGUCAAGAAGAUCUGCGAGGGCUUCCAAGCCACUCAGUAUCCUUGUCCAGAGACUACAGCAGAGCGCCGUGAGAUGGCAAUGGGUGUUUCCACGCGUAUCGAGGAUCUCGGUGUCGUGCUAAUCCAGACGACGGAUCAUCGGUAUCGUGUUCUGCAAGGCAUGGCGAAGGACAUCAAGGACUGGGCAAAUAAUGUGAAGAAGAUCAAAGCCAUCUACCACACACUGAACAUGCUGAACGUGGACGUGACGCACAAGUGUCUCAUUGGCGAGUGCUGGUGUCCGGUGGCCGAUCUGGAAAGUAUCCGGGCGGCUCUUCGGCGAGGAUUCGCAUCUAGUGGCUCGUCCGUGAUGCCCAUCCUAAACGUGAUGACAAGUAGCAUGAAUCCGCCGACUUACAACAAGGUCAACAAGUUCACCGCCGGUUUUCAGAACAUCAUAGAUGCGUACGGCGUUGCUACGUAUCGCGAAGUCAAUCCUGCUCCGUUUUCCAUCAUCACCUUCCCGUUCUUGUUUGCUGUGAUGUUUGGCGACUGUGGACAUGGCCUCAUGAUGCUUCUCUUUGCACUCGUUCUCGUUCUGAAUGAGAAGAAGCUGGCGACAUUGAAGGGAGGGGAGAUUUUUGGUACGUUCUAUGGUGGCCGCUACAUCAUUCUGUUGAUGGGUCUUUUCUCCAUAUACACCGGCCUGGUGUACAACGACUGCUUCUCUAAGUCAUUCAACAUCUUUGGCUCGUCUUGGAGUGUCAAUAAGAUUGAACUGAAGCAUGUGCGGCCAGGAGGUACUCUAUCGCUCAGACUGGGCUCUAAAGGAAAACACAGCGACUUUGACAUCCAUAAUCCGUACCCGUUGGGUCUUGAUCCAAUCUGGCAGGUGGCCAGUAACAAGCUGACUUUCACCAACUCCUACAAGAUGAAAAUGUCCAUCGUCCUCGGAGUUAGUCAGAUGAUGUUUGGUGUCAUCCUGGGCCUUUUCAAUCACCUACAUUUCCGCCGACGCAUCAAUAUCAUUGGUAUGUUUGUACCUGAGGUUCUGUUCCUGGGUUGCAUAUUUGGCUAUCUGGUCUUCAUGAUCUUCUUCAAAUGGCUAGCAGUGGACUCAGAUACACUCAGUGACAAAGCAGGGGCUCCCAGUCUUCUCAUCAUGUUAAUCAACAUGUUCCUUAGUUUUGGAAAAGAAAUCAAGGAUAGUCAGGGGGAGUUCUACAGAGGACAGGUUGGAAUUCAAUCUUUCCUGGUAGUGGUGGCUCUCCUGGCCGUGCCCUGGAUGCUGUUCACAAAGCCAGUCUACGUCUAUAUGCAACGCAAUCACCUGAAGCGUAGGUACACUGCACUGGCGGAUAAGGAGGAAAAUGGAUCCUUCUCCAAACAGGCUCGGCAUGACAACACUGAAGAAGAAGAGGACGUAGAGGAGGAGAGCAUUGGUGACAUAUUCAUCCACCAAGCCAUCCACACCAUUGAGUUCUGCCUGGGUUGCAUUUCCAACACCGCAUCCUACCUGCGUCUCUGGGCACUCAGCCUGGCACAUGCUGAGCUCUCUGAGGUCUUGUGGGAAAUGAUGCUUCACAUUGGACUGGACUCGGCUGCCCGAGUGGCCGGCCCUCUCCUGCUCUUCAGCACGUUUGCCAUCUGGACAGUUUUGACCAUUGCCAUUCUGCUGAUUAUGGAAGGUUUGUCAGCAUUCCUGCAUGCACUGCGUCUGCACUGGGUGGAGUUCAACAACAAGUUUUAUCGCGGCGAAGGCUACAAAUUUCAUCCGUUCUCGUUUGAGCUGAUUCUCGAGGGUGGAGGGGACGACGUCUAGCUUGUAAGAGCUGGCUUGACUAACUUUGUGCAAUUUGCUUGGCACUGAUUCAACCGCUUUGUAACUUAUAGCUGCCAAUUCCCGUUGAUAUCCUCAGAUGAUUCUAGUCCUUUUCCUAUACUGGCCAUAUUAUUCUAUUCUUAUUCAGGCUUUUACCACGUUUUUUUUAAUUUUCUCUGCACCAAAAACAGUCGGGAGGUAAUGAAUGACCACAUGCAAUGUGCUAGAAUGACUACAGUCGCAAGGAUCAUGGAUGAUGCCGGACUAAACUGAUCCGUGCCACUCAGCGGCCGCCGCGCUGUCACAUCGGCGCGGGCAUCACGGUCACGAUGUGUAGUAGUAGCACAGUGGUGUCAGUGUACGGGUGGUCAGGUCACUCAAUCUCCCGGUUGUCCUGCGACAGGCAGCUUGAACCCAAAAGAUUUUUUUGGAAAGGAAUUGUACACCGAGUGCACAUCAUAGUUUUGCUCUGUUGUUAAUCUUUUAAAAAGUAACGCUAUUGUAUUGUUUUGAAUUAUCCAUAAUAAUUAUUAUGGCAGGUUCUAUGGUCAAAUAUACUCAUUGAUUCACGAUUCAUUGAUCUCUCCUGUGCAGACGUACUGCUAGUAAGAGGUGCUGAUUCAGUCGCGGCAGCUACCGUGACUGCAGUUUCA